AAGACAAUUUAAAGGGCUGUAACUUUUGAACUAGUAGCCCAAUCUUGGAACUGUUUGAAAUUAUGGAUUCUACAGGCCACAUCCCCCUUGAGUUUUUCGGUCAUCACUGUGAUUGAGGCCUAGCCUUGCCGUUAUUUUCCUGCUCCUCAACAUUGACUUUAUCCAGCCUAUUGUUGUGAAGUUGAGCCCUUUGUUUCCAGUGGUCGCUUCAUGCGAGGUAUUAUUGUGUGCCCGGAAAUGAGGAGCUCUAAUUUCCCAUCAGGUUUCUUAAGAUUCCCAAUGCCUAGAUACUCCCAGAAUUUGCUCAAUGUAAUUAUUAUCGUCCGUGUCCAUUCGCCAUCUGGGGAUUCGCUCAGUAGGGGGCGCACAGGAGCUUGUCUCAUACUUGACUCGAUAUUGUCUAAUAAGAAAUGGAUAACCUUCUGAGUAACUUUACAUUCGGCUGUGACAUUAUUUUUACAUUGACAUGCAAUGUCAUUGGAUAGAUUAAUACUACCAAUUUCGAUUCUAAUUCUGAAUAUUUGGAUAUAUUACGUGUACGUUGUCGAAGUGUGCAUCAAGUUAAUCGCAGAUGUGCAAACUCUAACUUGGUACCUUACAAUUUUUCACAUCCUUUAUAUAAUGAUGCAUUGCUGUUUAUAUAAAACAAUAUUUGGACCAACGCCCACAGUACCGAGAUCAUUUCGUAUUUCCGACGAGCUAUUUCACCGACUUAAGGACCUCGAAUCGGGUCCUCAAAUUAACGCCAUGCUUCUACAAUUUUGUAACGCAAACGAGUUAACUGUCGUAACACGUAAUGCCGAUGGACAUAUCAGGUUCUGUAAAAAGUGCAAACAUGUCAAGCCCGAUAGAACGCACCAUUGUUCCGCUUGUGGCCAAUGCGUGCUUAAGAUGGACCACCAUUGCCCCUGGCUGAAUAGCUGCAUUCACUUGUGGAAUUACAAAUUCUUUGUUUUGCUACUGUUCUACACCUCGUUGAAUUGUAUUUUCUUCCUUGCAACUUCCGUCAAAUACUUUUUGCAGUUUUGGGCCAAGUCACCUGUCAACUAUGACUUAUUUCAUAUGACCGUAGGAUUUAUGUACGUAACAAUUAUGAGUAUACUUUUAACAGUUUUCUUUAUAUACCACCUGACGCAAAUCUGUUCCAAUAGAACGACUAUUGAAUUAAUACAGAGGCCCAUCUUUAGCGACGCUAAUGAAGAUUUAACUUUUGAUUUGGGAACUUGUGGUAAUAUCAGAGAAGUUAUGGGCAACUCCUGUUGCCUAUGGUUUCUUCCCAUAGACACCAAUGAGUGUAACGGGAUUGAUUACCCUUUAGCGCGUGGUAAAGAAUAAUGUCUACAUUUAACACUGAAGCUAAAUAAAUUGAACAUAUAAAUCCUGUUAUAGUUUAUAUUCAGUCUUAUUCGAUCCAUAUACUCCCAACCAUGCCGUCAUUAGUAGGUACAUACUGCAUAGAAAGUAAUGGUAAUUUAUGAGAAGUCGAAGGCACUUGACUCCCCUAUCUAACCUACAUCAACAAUUGAAUGGGAAGACUUCCCCACAUGCUUUUGUUGUGUUCUUCCUGCAACUUUUAUUAUUAUU